AUGUCAGACAACCCGGGCGUGCCCGCGGCGCGCAGCGUGCAUGUCAGACCAGGGGAGGAGUUGGAUCUGGAAGAGUACAAUCAGCGCUGGCACAAGAUCUGGGCCGACGGCCUGCAGCCGGGGCAGCGCUUCGACGCCGGAAAGUGCUCCCCGCUGCUGCUGCACCUCCUGUCCACCGGCGAGGCGCCCGCCGCCGGCCGCCGCGUGCUCGUGCCGGGCUGCGGGCGCGGGUACGACGUGCUCGCCGCCGCGACCGCCGGCGCCGCGCUGGCGGUUGGGCUGGACCUGGCGCAAGAGGCGGUGGCGGCGGCAAGCGCUCUGCGCGACGAGUCGCUCACGGCCGACGCGGCGGCGCGUGCACAAUUCGAAGCGUGCGAUUUUUUCACCUACCAGCAUCCUGACGGGCCGUUUGACCUGGGCUAUGACUACACAUUCUUGUGCGCGCUGCCGCCGCAGGCGCGCCGCGCGUGGGCCGAGGCCUGGGCGCGCCACCUGGCGCCUGGCGGGGAGCUGGUGACGCUGAUCUUCCCGGUGGAUCCGGGGGCCGACCCUGAUGCCGGGCCGCCGUUCCCGGUGACACCCGAGCUGUACGAGUCACUGCUGCUGGCCGCGGGCUUCGAGCGGGUCAAGCUGGAGCGGGUCCCGAACGGCCUCAGCCACCCGCAGCGCGUGGGACGCGAGUGGCUGGGCCGCUGGCGGCUUCCGAGUGCUGCAGGUCUCGAGCACGGCACUCAGAGCAAGUUCUAG